AUGAGUUGGACACCUCUCGAGGCGCCAACAAUAUCUAUCGUCUUGCACACGCUCGCCACUGAGCCACCCAAGAUAUCGGCCAGGUCGUACAAAUCAGAGACACCAACCACCAGGUCCUCCGUGAUCCACUCGCCAUCCUCCGUCAUUGGAGCCCGCCAGCAGUUCCAACAUCAAAUGCAGCAAUGUUCGGACCGACUCGAUGCGAACGGCAUGCGGCUCAACAUCACCAAGACCGAGUACCUGGAAGCUGGCAUGCAGACAGAUGGAUCCAUCGCUAUUAAUGGCCAGACCCUGAAGAAAAGUGCCAAAUUCAAAUAUCUAAGCUUGCUGAUCUCCGCAGAUGGCGACUCGCUGCCUGAUGCAUAAGGUUGCGUGAAUGCUGCAUGACUCAAAUGGUGGCAAGUGACUGGUGUGCUUUGCGAUAGGAAGAUGUCGAUCCACCUGAAGUCAAAGAUAUACAAAAUGGUCAUAUGCCCCGUUGUGUUGUAUGGAUCUGAGUGCUGGCCUGCUACAGCCAAGCAUGAAAACACUAUGCACGUCACGGAGAUGCGCAUGCUCCAGUGGGUGCUCGGCUUGACCCUGCUAGACCACCUGCAGAACGAGGAAGACAGAUGGGCCAUGGGCGUUGCCCCGAUUACGGAGAAGAUGCAAAAAGCGCGCCUGCGAUGUUACGGCCAUGUCAUGCGGAGCCAUGAUGACUCAGUGGCCAAGACUGCCUCUCGCCUCAACCCGCCUGGCAAGCGACCGCGAGGAAGGCCCAAAAAGAAAUGGAUGGAGCUCAUUCUGGAUGACAUGCGGACCUGCGGCAUCAUCCCCGAUGAUGCCCACGACCGAAUCAAGUGCUGUGCUUUUUAA